UCGGGAAUCUACCAAACGUCACGACCUCAGGAGCGACGCCUCGAUCCGGAAUGACCUUUAGACCACCCUCUAGGACGGGGAGGGCGCCUCAUGCUGUCAGGACGAGGGCUAAAGGGCCGAUGAGCCCCGAAGAACCGGCCAAGGAUGUUCCUGAACCCAGUGGAGAGAAAGAGGUAGUGGACGUUCCAGAAGGAGAGGAUGACGAAGAUGAUAGGUUGAGGAAGGAAGAGGAUGAGAGGGCCGAGCAAAGAGCCAAGAAGAGGGGUGCCAGGCCUGAUACAGACAAGGCACAAGAAGUAAAGAAGAAGAAGUACGCUGUCCGAGCGGAAGAAGGCUUCGAUGUGGAAGAGAUAAUGGACAGAAUCCUAGAGGGUCAUAAUCACCUUAUGAACCUGAAGGACGUACUAGCCUCAGCGCCUAUACUUAGGGAUGAGUUAAGAGCAAGACUAUCCAGGAAGAUGGUAGCCAGCAUACGAUUGGGGACUAUAAUCCCUAAGGAGGCGGAGUGGGCUGAAACGGGUACUAAGAUGGACUGGAAGUCUGUCGCCUGUGGCUGCCUCGACGUUGUGGUAAAAGGGAAGACGUGCACAACAAUGGUGGAUAGCGACGCAGAAAUGAACCUCAUAAAGGAGGCAGAUGCAGUGCGUCUAGGGAUGGAGAUGAGAGAGAAAGCGGAGACUGGGCCGUGCCGUAUCAAUCCCGAGACAGAAAAUACGCUGAUUGUAGGGGAACCUGGUUUCCUUACUCCGCAGGAGGAAAAGCUUGUGGUGGAGGCCAUAAGAGGAAGGCAUGCGACAUAUGCCUUCAGUGAUGAUGAGAGAGGCCGUCUGGACGUGGAUAUAAUCCCUAUGAUUAGGAUACGCACCGUACCUCACAAGCCGUGGAACUUGCGAGGCGCGCGGUACCCUAAUCCAGUCGAUGAAGAGAAGGUGGUCAACUACCUCGAUGGGAAGAUCCGCACUCAUGUGGCAGAUUACUCGAGUGGUCCGUAUGCGUCCCCCUGGUUUUGCUUUGUCAAGCCCAAUCGGACCCUGAGGUGGGUGCAGGAUUUGCAGCACCUGAACGCUGCGACAGUGAGGGACGCAGGUGGUCUCCCUAACGCUGAUGCGCUUUCAGAGGCAUGCGCUGGGAGGGCCAUUAUUUCACUCAUUGACUUGUAUUCAGGCUACGAUCAGUUCCCUGUAUACCCGUCGGACCGGCCUAUGACAGCCAUGCAUACCCCUCGAGGGCUGAUCCACAUGAACGUCGCACCGCAGGGGUGGACGAAUGCGGUCGCUAUGGUCCAGCGACACAUGGUGAGGGCGAUGCAGCCCAUAAGUCCUCACAUCACGCAGCCCUACAUUGAUGAUCUGGCCGUGAAAGGGCCCAAAGAGAAGGAUGAGCAGGAGGUGAUGCCAAGAAUCAGGCGCUUUGUGUGGGAUCAUGUGCAAGACUUGUGCAAGGUCCUGGAUCUCUUGAAGGAGCAUAACCUCACUGCCAGUGGGCCAAAAUCGAGGCACUGCAGGAGUGGUGCCACUAUCUUAGGAUUUGUGUGCAACGAGAGGGGUCGUCGGCCAGAUACUAAGAAGACUAACAAGAUUCUCGAAUGGCCAACACCGUUCCAGACUAUCACGGAGAACUUUGCUCCGUCAGAUCCAACUAUCGCCAGAUGGCUGACGUACAUCUGGAUGUUUGACUUCGAGUUGGAACGAAUUCCUGGGACGAAGAAUAGGGCGGACGGGCUGAGCCGAGUCGACUGGGACAAGAACCAUCAAGGAGUGAUCGAGGACACUCCACCAGUCGACGGGUUCCUGGACAGCGAGGAGGAUGUGAGACUUCACAUCAACUCCUGGGCAUUGGCCGUAGGUAAGUAUGUUACUCCUGGGCGGCCCGUAUGGCUUGUGCCUCCAGGACAUGUGCGACGCCCAGACUUGGUCCUCAAACCUUAUAUUGAAGAGGAUUCUUGGGGAAUGUCGGGCGUAGGUUGGAUGAUGGAGCUGGCUUUUGCUGGCAAGUACGAGCUGCAGGAAGACCCGCUUAUAAUUGAAAAUGGGCCGCUACAGGUGGGUAAGCACGAGAAGAUGAUAGGUGGGGUGUACCUGUUGGCAAAUGCACUGCUUCAGGAAGAGACGGUCAGAAAUACAGUACUAGAUCAGGAAGAGGUGGUAGAGCCGGGAGGAGGUGACAAUGUGAUCCAUGAGAGGGAGGAUGAUGACUUUGAGGAAGGUGAGAUUAAAGAAUCAUUUCGAGCAGAGGAAUACGAGGGAGUAUACCUUGAACUCGGCAUGCUUCUUUCGUGCGAGAUGAGGGAAAGGGAUGCCUGCGCGCGGGUUCUGAAGAUGAGGCCAAGUUUCCUGGUAAGAGACGGCCAUCUGUUCAUGAGAAGUAAAGGAGGAGAUCCCAGAAGAGUAGUUUGCGGCCUCGCCCGUCAGAUUGAUAUUAUGGCGGCGCUGCACAACGGUACGGCAGGUGGCCACAGGGGUGCAGAUACGACGUAUCUGAAGAUACACGAACUGUACUACUGGGAUGGCAUGGGGCAGAUGAUCGACGAGUACUGUAAGUCUUGCGUGCCAUGCCAGGAACGGUCUGCUCUCAGACCCAGGGAGCCGCUGCACCCAAGGUACGUUCGUGAGGUUGGAGCCGUCGUGCACUUGGAUCUAUUGGCAAUGUCGUUGGGGAUAGGAAGCUACAAUUUCAUCUUUGAUGCACGAGACAACCUCUCGGGGUUUGUGGAUGGCAGGGCCAUUCGCACGAAGACUGGAGAGACAUUGGCACGAUGCAUCGAAGAGUACUAUCUUCGCUACCCCUUUGUGUCCAGAUUCGUGAUGGAUAGAGGGUCCGAGUUCACAUGUGCAGAAGUGAAGGCUCUUUUGAAGAAGUAUGGGGUAAUCGCUGAGCAUGCGACGUUUCCCAUUGAAAGCUUCCUGAAAACCUGGAGGCGACAUGACCUCGAGACUGAUCUGACCUUUGAGGAACUGCUGGAUUUGAGGGCACGACAGAUCGGCGCUAUUGAGGACAGGAUUGAGGAAGCAGGAAGUAGAACCGCGGACAGCCGUACCAAGGACAAGUUCCGGUGGGACAAGAUGGCAAGAGUGAGAAAGGAGCCUCUCAAGGUGGGAGAUGUUGUACUGUUGUAUGACUCAUCCCUGGAAAAGCAGUGGUCGCGGAAGUUGGAUAAGCGGUGGUUGGGGCCUUACAGGGUCACCAGAUGUGGUGAACAUGGUGCCUACCAAAUCGAAGAGCUGAAUGGGACGACAUGGAAGGACUGGGUGUCAGGCUCGAGGCUAAAGAAGUUCGUAGCUAGAGACGAGGCAAGUGAGAGGAGAGGUGUGGAAAAAAAGAGAAGGGAACCUGAGACAGAGGCAAGGGGAACCUUUGAGCAGGGCGCGUCACCAGGGGCUCAGAGGGAGGAAAGGAGGAAGGAACACAAGUCCCACCGACAUGAGAGAGCAGAAGGGUCCGAUGGUUCAGAUGCACCUCCACAACCUGCUCAGAGGGAGAUGGAUGGCCCCAUGCCUGACGCAGAGCCAGACAUCCCUCACGAGCCGCAUACGCAAGAGUUGAGGGAGGAACCGUCUGUUGAUGAAAAGGAGCUGGACAGAGAAGAGAGGGCAGCAAGGGAGCUGGAGAUCAGGACUCAACUCCGAAAGAAGAACCUGGCAGAACUGCAUGAGAGGAUGCAGCAAGGAAAGGCGCCUGAGGAGGUGGAGGACAGAAAAGGAAAGGGUACCUGCACUCAGGAGGAGGACCCUCCUCUCUUCUCAGAGGUCUGGAUGGGCUUUGAUAAGCUGAUGGACGCCACAGGAAGAUCAGGUGGACAACAUCAGGAGAUGGGGGUUAAGUUGGUCUCUACAGACCUGCUCAACCUAAGGAGCGUGAUGAGAGAAGGCUUCGCUGCAGCAAGGACCUCAGAUCAGAAGAUUGGGGACAGGCUGACAAAGGUGGCACAAGAGGCUUAUGGCCAGAGGGUGGACUGGGAGAGAAAGGCUGGGGACCCGAAGAGAGAACUAGACAGACAGGGCAAAGAGUUGGCAGCAGUAAAGGCAGACAUGGAGAGAGUCUCAACAGAGAAUGAGGUCGUCAGACAAGUCAAUCAGACCCUUAACAAGGUCACUGACGCUCUGAGGGCCUAUUUGUGUGCACAAAUAACCUUCUUCCAGGUUAAGGAGACUGAGUGGGAGAAAAGAAUUCGAGACCUCGAAGCCAAGUGUGCCCAGCAAGCCCCCACUAGAGUGAUGGAUUGGACAGAGGUCCAAAAGUUCGAAAUCAGGGAACAGCCUGUCGAGGAAGUCUUCAAGAGGGAGAAGGAAAUAGAGAAGGCUGACCAGCAGGAGGGUGAGGAGAUCCCUCUGAUCGACAAAGAGAUGUUGGAGCAACCAGGAGUGCUUGUGGAAAAGGGUGCCGAGGUCGCAGAGUUUGAGUGGAGGUUACCUGCUGGCCUGACACGGGGACAUGAGCCGGCAGUACCACAGGAGGGACCACCGGUUGAGGCAAUGAGAGUUGAGGAGGCUCCACCUACUAUUCGGAAAGAGACUGUGGGACAGCAGGAGGGUCAGGAAAGUGUGGGCCAGACCAUGGCUGAGACUGAGCAGAGAGUGGACCUGAGGGACUGUCAGGAGUCAAUCAUGCUUCAGGAGGUGCCAGUUGUUACAGAUUUGCGGGGUGUACAGGGAUCUUGGGCUACGAGUUCUGGGCCGAGCGACGGGUUGGUGAGCAGCUGAUGCCAGCAGAUGACAAAGCGGCCUGCCCCGCUUCCUCAGAGGUCCCACGACAGGAGGUUACAAGCAAGAUCUCAACAACCCCGUCA